AUGGACAUUGAUGAAAUAUUGUAAGAAACAGAAACUUAUAUAGAAUAGCAUAAAUUGUUAUUGAGAAUUAAAUACACUCCUGAAUAAUAAAAUUGCUAAAGUUAGCUUAAAAUAUGCUUGAUAAACCAAUAAAAUAAUCGAUUCUAAAUAGAAAUUAGAGACGAACACAUUUAUAAUAUUUAAAAAGUUGAAAAAGAAAAUUAAGAGUAAAAAGUAAAGCAAACAUAAAAUUAAGAGAAUGAAAUUUUGCACCAAAAUGUUUUACCAUUUAAAUUUAAUUUACUAUGGGUUAAAAUGCUUAUAUAAUUAGGAAGUAUGAAGCAUAGCGCUAUUGAAGAAGAUAUUAAUUUUAUUUUAGAUCAAAAAAAUUAAGAAAAUGAAGAAAUCGUUUAAAUACAAUAUUUGAAUAUUAAUGAAGAAGAUUUAAGUAUAGACCCUAUUUGUAAUUUUUCAGAAGACUAGCUAAUAAAAAUAAAAAAUUAUUAGAGUGAGAUCUAAAACAUCUAAGCAAUUUUAAUGGUCAUUACUUAUAUGGAAUUUAUUAACUUGUAGAUAUAAAUACCUUUAAUAAAAUAAGUUAAAUAGAAACUAACAAGUUAGCAAGAAAUACAAUAACAAUUAUUAAAUCUAUUUGAAAAGUAGAAGAAAAAUAUUUUAAAUUCUGAUUGA